AUGAGGAACCUGAUUGUGUGUGUGCUCGCCCUAGCGCUGAUGGCACAAGCUGUUGUGUCUCUGGAAUGUUAUCAUUGCCCUAAUGGAGGAAGAUGCUUCACCACUCAGAAAUGCAGGGAUGACCAGGAUCAAUGUAUUACCAUGUUCUUCCCGCUCUCUGCUAAAUACGCUAAGCGAUGCUCCAGGACGUAUGAGUGUGAAGUCAUAAAAGCCAUGGGGGGGUCUGCAGUGCAGGCCAUUUGCUGCGGCACUGACCAGUGCAACCGAUAG